UGAAAUAAACGAAUCUCGUGCAUAAGAAAUAUGGUGUCGGUAAGGAACGGCGGAUUUGACGAAACCCAAGCUCGACACUGUUGUUAGUGGUGAAUGGUAGAUUAGACGGUCUCAUCAUUUUUAACCGGCCCGAACAUAAUCUGAUUGGGCCGAGCUCAAGCUCGAUCCAACCACAAACCACUGAUAACUAGUCUAGGCGACUGGGUCGUUUGACCACGUGAAAGGAAAAGGCGAAGGAUUGGGCUCGAAUCGCUUUGCUACAAAGCUACGAGAACGUAUAAAUGAUCCAACGUUUAGAUGUGCUUCCACUAAUGAACGGGGUUAUCGGGUUGCCUUCGUGGAGCACACGGUUUAUGUCCAAAAUGAGAAUGAAGUCGCCUGUUCUUUCUCCCACCGAGCGAAUUCCGACAUAUUGUUCCACCUCACAUUGUGACACUCUUACUUCUACAUUAUCUUCAGUCCCUAACACGAAGAAAACGAAGGACAAGGUCAUUGUUGUCUCCGGCCCUACCGGAGCUGGAAAGAGCAGGCUCGCACUAGAGCUAGCCAAAAGGCUAAAUGGAGAGAUCGUAAGUGCGGAUUCCGUGCAAGUAUAUCGUGGACUCGACAUUGGAUCAGCCAAGCCGUCGAUUGAAGAGAGAGCUGAAGUCCCCCACCACUUACUCGACAUACUACACCCCUCAGAGGACUAUUCUGCUGGGCAGUUCUUCGAGGACGCGAGGAAAGCAACAAAUUGUAUUAUUGAGAAAGGUCUGGUGCCCAUAAUUGCGGGCGGAACAGGUCUGUACUUACGGUGGUAUAUAUACGGAAAGCCGGACGUUCCGAAAGCUUCAUUGGAGAUCACAAAUGAAGUUUGGUCGGAGCUCGUAGACUUGCAGAAGAAGGGCAACUGGGACGCAGCUGUAGAAUUAGUAGUAAAAGCUGGCGAUCCAAAAGCUUUUAAUGUGCCUGCGAAUGAUUGGUAUCGUUUAAGGCGCAGCCUUGAGAUUAUUAGAUCUUCGGGAUCUCCACCGUCAGCUUUUAGCGUACCAUACGAUUCAUUUCGUGGUCAGGCUGAGUCAAAAUCGGCAGACCGAUCGACUGAUCAAAUUUCUGCUGUAAACGGUCCCGGAGAAUUGCCUACAAAAGAGUUGGAUUAUGACUUCAUUUGCAUUUUCCUUUCGAGCCCGAGAAUAGAUCUUUAUAGGUCGAUUGAUUUGAGGUGCGAGGAGAUGCUCAUGGAACCAGAAGGGCUUCUCACAGAAGCCUCGUGGCUUCUCGAUAUAGGGCUUCGGCCAAAUAUGAACUCCGCUACUCGAGCAAUCGGGUAUCGACAAGCUAUGGAGUACCUGCAAAGUUGUAGGAUAAAAGGUGGCAGAAGCUCGCCAGAAGAGUUUUAUGCAUUUUUAUCCGAGUUUCAAAAGGCUUCGCGAAACUUUGCAAAGAGGCAAAUGACUUGGUUCCGGAACGAGCUUAUUUACCAGUGGAUUGAUGCCUCGCAACCUUUCGACAAGGUUGUCGAAUUCAUUUGUAACGCUUAUUGCGAUCGAAAUGAGAGGGUAGUGCCUGAACCAUUGAAAAUGAAGAAGGAAAGCACCGGUCGGCAGGAAAGCAAUGAACUGAAGUCGUACCGCGCCAAGAAUAAGCUUUUUAUCAGCGACGAAGAUUGCGGUCGUGUUCUGAGUUGGAUUAGGAGGACACAAAGGAAGUAACCAGUGUUUUUAUUCAUCGUCGCAUUCCUCGCCAAUGAUUCUCUCCACUGUGCCAUGAUCUCUGUGGUUAUCAACAAGUUGUUUGUCAUUUUCGUAUUCAUCAACUUAUGUUUUUUGUUGUUAGUGAUUAUUUAUCAUGUACCAAACAUCUUGGCUACAAAGUCAUAUUUAGUAGAGCAUUUUGGCGAUUGAUAAA